GCGUGCAGACGGUGCGCAAAAAAAUCAAAUUAACUUAAUCAUAAGGCGUUGGCCGUCUUUUGUGUCGGAAACCUUUUGUGUCGAAGGUCUUUGGAUCGAUCGAUUAACUCGAUCAUCCUUGAUAAAAGUUGGGGAAAUUCUUCGAAUAACUGCUAUAAAUAUCCACCCAUUCGGUUGGAGCAGGUAUCAGUACAGUUAGUUCCGUUCUUGUGGUUGAACAUCCGACUUCUUCAAGCAACAUGAUCAAGAUUUCUUUGGUGGCACUUGCCCUGGUGGGCGCUGCUCUUGCCUACGAGCACCACGGCUACAUCAACGAGGUGAAGCACAUCCCGUACAAGUACUACGGCGGUUUGGAGGGAGGUAUUGGCGGUGGCAUCUCCGGUGGAUUCGGAGGAAGUCAGGGCGGCUACAAGGAGGAAAGCGGCCUGGACUACUACAGCUAUCCGAAGUACAAGUUCGAGUACGGCGUAAAGGACAUCCACACCGGGGACCACAAGAGCCAGUGGGAGAUGCGCGAUGGAGAUGUGGUCAAGGGCGAGUACACGCUGGACGAAGCCGAUGGAACCAAGCGUGUCGUGGAGUACUACGCCGACAGCAAGAAUGGGUUCGAGGCCAAGGUUAAGAACAUCGGACAUGCCAGCCAGGGUGGCAUCGGAGGAGGAAUGGAGGGUGGAAUCGGAGGUGGUUACGGCCAUGGGUACAGCUACAGCAAGCUGAAGAAGUACAACUAAAUGCAUUCUUUUUGGAAUGCGCAAGUAAGACUGAAUGGCUACCGACUGGAAUAACCGUG